AUCGCCCCUAAAAUAAAAAAAUAAAACUCACGUCGUUAUGUCUGAACACGACGGCUGUUUACCUCCUCAGAUAUUCAGUGCUAUCAGAUAUAAAGCUCUCGAUUAUGUGUUUGAGACGAGCACCCGUCUCGAAGUCAUGAUGAACUUGCUCGCACUGCCAACACCUUACUUCACUGGUACCAAUGACCUGUACCCUCACAGUGGCAAGCUACCUGAAGUCACUUACAGGACACCAUGGAUCAGAGGAAAGGUGAUCUCUACCUGCAAACUCUUUGUCAGUGGUUCUGUGCUUGAUGACCUGAGAGGAAAUAAACAGCCAGCUGAUUCACCAGAAAGACUUAAUGUGGCUCUGAGUGAGAUAGGAGGGGAUGUGGAGCAGAUACCCAGCUCUAACCCUGACUCACUGAAGGAUCUAGACCUAGAUCUAGAGUCGCAGAUCAGUGAUCCAUGUCAGGAGUCUUUUUUCAAGUGGAGAACUGAUCAAAUGAAACCAGGAAAUGAGAACAAAGAUCUCCUCUUGCCAGAAGAGCUCAUAGUUGCUGAUUACCUGCUGCAGUUUAAGAGUCAUAUACCCACGUUGAAAGCCAAACUGUCCAGGCUUAGGACGCUUCGUGUAGCUGACCCUCUGCUGACCUUAACAGGAAACACCAUCUCUGAGGACACCGUAUUCAGGCGCUGUGUAUCUUAUGACAAAACUGAUGUGUAUCCAAAUGACACUCAGACGUGUGCAGAUCUACACGAGGAGUUUAUUAAGGAGUCACUCAUAAAGGAAGAGUCUCUGCUGUUACCUGUUGUGGUGGACGCUUUUAAGCUGACCACAGAAAACUGCAUGUCCUUUUCAAGCAUUUGUGGUCAUAUGAAUGUUGCUGCUGAACUGCUGGAUGAGCAGCUUCCAGUUCUGGAUUUGCUUCAUCAAGAUGCAUCAGUAUCAGUGGACAUUUCCCAGUUUGAUUUACCAGAAGAGCCCAGUGAAGAAUGCAACAGGAAUGGAGACUCAGAUUUCAAAGGAUGUGUGGCGCUUCCAACUGAAAUGGAGCUGGACCUGAAUCUGAGCCCAGCUCCAAAGACCAGUCACACCCACCUCUGUCUCUCCACCUCUGAACUCAAGAAGGAAGAGUUGUCCCCGCUUCACGGACGGUCUUUGGUGCCAGCGAGAGCUCUCAAAGAGAUGGAGGUGGCACUUUGGAAAGCAGAGAAGCAUCCAACCUUUGUGGUGGGCUUUCUGUUGGCAGAACCUCAAACAUAUGAACCAGCUGUUGAAUACCAGCCUCUGUCUGAAGCCUUGAAAGUCAUUGAAUCAGAGAAACAAAGUCUUAUCAGUGCUGCCAGUGAACUGUCACAGAUGAGGACAGGAGCCCCACAGGUGUGUUUGUGCAUCAAUCGUGAGUUCACAGAGAGCAUGAGGUCUGAGUUUCCCUCCAACGAGGUGGAAAAGGUGGAAGACUUUAAAAAGCGGUCACCUGAGCAUGAGGCGUUUGCAGUGAGAUCCAUCUUGAAGAAUCCCACAAACAAAACUCAGUUGCCUCCUCUGAAGAAACCUGAAACUGCUGCUUCUCAUGCUGAGGAACCCACAGACGACUCCUCUCUCCAAAAAGAAAUCCUCACUGACACGUCUCAGACCGCCGGUCUGAUGCACGCUGUCAACACAAACAGCAAUAAGGACGUGAAAUCUGCAAGCUUAAUAUUUUCAAUACCUGCUGCCAGCACCAACACCAGAGAUGAAAUUUCUGGCGUGAGGUUCUCAGAAGUUGCAGCUGUGUCUUCUGCUUGUAAAAAUGACACAGGUGGAGACGACUGUAAGCGCGAGCAGAGCUCCCACACUCCAGUGCAGACUGUGUCCUCCAGACUGAAUAUCAGAGACGAUCACAGACGUCUGCCAGUUAACAAACAUGUACCAGAGAGGGACCUGGACCCUCUGUCCACCUUCAUGAUAUUGAGAUCCCAGCAGAAAGCUCCAGUUACUACAGCAUCUCAGAGCUCAACCAGCACUCCGGCACCAAAGCUGGACCAGGAAACACCACCGUCUAAGCUGGUACCUCCUGCGGAGCAGAUACAAAAAUCAGACUGGAGGCCAAAAUAUUUGAGUGGUGCUAUGUCAGGAAAUGCUUCCAGAGAACAGGAAGGAACUGGUCAGCCAAUAGGUCAACUCAUCAGUCAUCCUGUCAGUCAGCUGAACCCUCAGGAGAGACAGGACAGAGUGAUACAGGUCCAGGCUACAGACAGCCAGCGGCGUGCCUACUUUGAGCUGCUGGCCCUCGCUCAUCCUUGUUUGAGCUCUGCCAGACAGCUGGGGCUCAACAUCUCAAUGUGGGGAGACUUCAGCUGCCUGGCCCCCGACCAAACACACUUCCUCCUCAAACAGCAGGAGAAGGCGCUCCACAGGAGGCAUGCUGAGAGCACGGAGCUGGUCAGAGAUCAGGAGCUGCUUUUCAGCCAGGUGGCUCUGAUUCAUGUGCUGGUGACAUUCAAGGAGCUGCUGCUGAAGUGUGACCUCAGUACUGCAUUGGAGUACCUGACUAAGGCAGCUGAGGUGUGUACAGAGCAGAGUCUGGUGCAGCUGGUGAAAAGGCUGCAGAUCAUUCAUUUCCUCAAUCACAGGAGCCAGGAGUCCAGCCUCAAACUGCAGGAGCUGCAGCAGCUGCUGGCUGCAUGGCUGCUCAGCAGGAAAGGGCAGAGCAACAUGGAGAAAGUUCUUGUCAUAAUAUCGGUCGACUCUGAUGACAGCAGAUCUGCAAUCGUCAGCAGCUUGAGCGUAGUCGCCGGUGCACCUGUAGCCACACUUUAUCCUGAGGAGAACAAGACCAAGCUGAAUGGUGCCAGUGUGGUCAGCAGCGUGUGUGACAGUGUGUGCGUAGUGGUGUAUGAGCAGCAUAUAGGCCCCGACUUCCCCUGGAACAGUUUCUGCCUGGUGGUGGAGUACGACCAUCCAGGCCAGUCUCCUUGGGCCACAGUCUGCAGAGAGAGGAGCAUCAGUCGCCUCACCUUCACCACCAGUAUCUCUGACACUGAGAAAGAGGAAGCAUCUUGGUUCCUAGAAGACAACGUGCCUUAUGUGUUGUUUGUGACAGAGGGGCUUCUCAACUGUCCACUGCUUCUACAGACACUUGAGUCAGGGUUUAAUAUAAGUGUGCUAGAGAGGAGCCACUGUCCGUCCUUGCAGAUGCUCGGAGGGACCCAUCGCUACGCUGUGAUCACAGUGGAUGAAAGUACCGCUGUCGUCAUUCAGGAGCAGGAUGAACUGAGUCAGGAACGAGCCAGUGAGGGACUGGUGAUGAGGCUGACCGCACUCUCUCUUCAGUACAGCUGCUGUUGGCUCAUCCUGCACUGCCCGGACAUCCAGGGAGGAGGAUUGUCCAGUGAAGCCUUCAGUAACUUGGUGUUGGUUUAUUCAUCUUUGGUGCUGUUUGGGAUGAAGACCAAGGAUCUGGAUGUCAAGGUGCUGAUGGUGUCAGAGGUCUUGGAAAUUGCCAGGUGCAUCAGUCAGAUCUGCUUCCACAGCCUGAUGUCCACUGACAUGGAUCCUCUCAGCUACCUGAGCAGGGACUGGCUGUCCGUGAUCCCUACACAGGAGGAAGAGUGUUUGUUGCAGUUCCCUUGUAUUAAUCCUCUGGUUAGCCAGCUAAUGCUGAGGAGAGCGCCAUCCUUCCAGUGGCUCCUGGGGGCUCCUUUGUCUCAGCUGAAGGAGCUCCUCCCUGAAGUGCCACACAAAGUCCUCAAGCUGUUCAGUGAAAUCACCUCCCUGUACACACCGACCACAGACUCCAACCAGCCGGAGUCUCACACAGUCGUCACUGAAACAAGCCAACAAACCUCCCACCAUCCACAGCCCCCCACCAGCCCACGUCCAGAGCCAUUCUGUAGCCACCGCACCAGCUUCCUGUUUGGAGCUGAGAGUGCAGAGGGCCGCUCCUGUGAACAAGACUCAGACUCAACAGUGCAGGAUGGAAGCACAGACUUCAGAUUUGACCUGAGUUGUUCCUUUGGCGGCCCAGAUGUUUACCUGCAGAGGAGCUGGAGCAACAGUGAUCUGUGGAGGGAGGAGGUGAAGUUUUCAGGGUGGAGGAGUAAAGCUGGAGCAGUGGGGAGAGUUGUGAGGAGAGUAAACCAUGAGUGGGCACUCGGGGCUCCACCAGACUUCAGUGACUACACAAACUACCUACACGCCACUGAAGACAGCCCUCUCAAGCUGGACUCCACAUUGAGGUAUAGCCCUGUCAUGCAGCAGCUGCCUGACGUCAGCAGUCAAAUGUCCACAUACUCUACCUUCUGCAGUGACCUCCAGCAUCCUGACAGCCAUCACAUCACCGGCAGCCUGAGCCCUCCCUCAGGAGUCACGCUGUGGGGCUGCAGCCAAAGCAGCAGCGACUGCCUCUCCAACAGUGGACACAUAGCAACAGUUUCACCUAAGUAUGGCUCCAAAUGCUGGAUGGGACAAGAGAGGAAGAGGAGUGGAGAGGCUGCACACUUGUUUGGAACAGCGCUGACGCCACUUAAGAAGGGGAGGCUGAGCUAUGAGAGGGUUCCCGGCAGAAGUGAUGGACAGACAAGGCUUAAAUUAUUUUAGGCAGAAAUGCUCUGUUCCUGUGGCCUGUUUGUAAAGAUGAGAGAGAAAUAUAUCUUUAAAGUUUUGUUAAAUUCAGGUUCUUCACUGCAUAAUUUAAAAUUUAGCUUCUGAGUUUUUAUGCAUUGGAAAUUUAGUUUGACUCCAAAAAGUUUUCAUUGCAAAAUCUUUUCAGACUAAAUAUAAAAUACUGAUAUAAUUUUAAUAAAAAUUUAAAAUGUUUUGUUUCAUAAAUAUUUGUGUUACUAUUAUUACUAUCAUUACUUAAGUCUUUGUUUUUCACAAAUG